AUGGAUGAAUCGGAGGCCAGCCACGUUAGAAACGAUGGAAAAAAUCCAGUCAAUGAAAGCUCCGGAGAACGGCAGCAGAAACCCGACGAUGAUGACGAUGUGGACCAAGAAUUCUCCCACAUCAAGAAUCCAACAAACUGCGGUGACCCCCACCAGAAACCUGGAUACUGGGCGCGACGAGUCUUAAGUCGUCCAUGGCAAGCUGGCAGUCGCCUAUAUGUACAGCCUGGGUCAAUACUUCAUGGCUUGAACAACAUGAAAGCUCUUCGCGAGCCAGUAUUUCGAGCGAAUAAUACCUGGGAUGGAGAGGGUCUUGACCGACAUGUCAAUGCAAGAAGUAAUCGCGUCGAGGGUAUACAUGCCCAAGUGGUGGGCCAGGCAAUAAAGCACCCAGUCAGCUGCACAGACUGUCGAGUGCGAAAAUUGGGCCCAUUUGAGAUAUGUGUAGAGGUCCCAGCGCAGCCUGGCUAUAAGAGACGGUGCUCAAAUUGUCUCUUUCGACAAACGAGUGCUAAGUCUAAAGAAUCAUGUGAUCUGGAGCUGACUGACUCCUUGAGUGAUCACAAUAACGGAGAAGGAGAGGGACUAUCUCUAGCUCUACAAGCCCCGUUGGGGGAUGGACUCAUACUGGAGACAAUGGCUACCUUGGAGUCUUGUCUUUGCGAAAUUGACAAUGAAUUGAAAUCACUUCGCGCCAUGAUCAGGAAGAAAUCAAGGCAGCAAGGUGGACUAAGGCACACUUUGAAUGCAUUGAAGGAACUCCCCGGCGUGGAAGCAGUUCCUGAUUCACACCCCGAACCUAAGAGCUUGGAGUCCGCCACCAAGCGGCAGAAACCGAGCCCCAACACUGGGAAGGUUGAUUCGGGUUCCAGUAUUAAGCAAGAGGUGCUGAGUCUAAAAGUCGAGAAGAACUGCUUGAAGUCCACCACCAAGCGGGAGAAACUGAGCCCCAACACUGAGAAGGUUAAUUCGGAUUUCAGUAUCAAGCAAGAGGUGCCGAGUCUAAAAGUCGAGAAGGACUGCUUGAAGUCAAAUGAGACUAAACGGGAAAAUGAUGUUGGCAUCAAGAUAGAAAGCCAGGUCCGUGCCGUGAAGAGAGAGGUCGAAGAGUAA